AUGGACGCGCCCACACACAGUCCACGGUACGACUACAUUAUCGUUGGCGGAGGAACAUUUAGUCUCGUGGUCGCCGAUCGCCUUUCCGAAGAUUUCAACGUAACAGUUGCGCUUAUCGAAGCUGGAGACAUUGAGCUUGACAACACUAACAUAACUAGCACUUCUAAAUACGGAAAUUCUUUUGGCACUGCUAUUGACUGGUAUGACAUCAACGGCAUGACAUAUUUGCGAGCAGAAGCUGCUCAGAUCGACCUCUGGGAGCAAUUCGGAAACGAGGGUUGGAGCUGGGAGGACUUGAUGCCAUACUACAAAAAGAGCGAGUAUAUCCAGGAGCCCACUCGAUCUCAAAUGUUACGCAGAGCAUCAUUCGACCCCAAAAGACAUGGUACAUCUCGGCCAUUAGCCGUUGGAUGGACCGAAGACAUGCUAAAUCAGGAGACUGUAUCAUCAAUCAGCCAGACAUUCGAAGCACUCGGUCUUCCGUUCAACAAAGAACCAAAUGCAGGGUCUAUGCGGGGAUUUACGGUAUUCCCAAAAACCAUUGACAGGACGAACAAUGUCAGAGAAGAUGCUGGACGUUUGUAUUACUGGCCCAUCUCGAAACGGCCUAAUCUCGACGUCUUCCUCAAUUCGUUUGUGGAGAGAAUGGUGUGGCAUCCAACUUCAAACAGCGAGGCUACCAAGCGAACUGCAAGCGGUGUUGUUUUCGUAGAUCGUAAUCGCACGCUUGGUACGAUCUUGGCUAACCAUGAGGACAUCCUAUCAGCCGGAAGUCUCAGGUCACCCUUGAUUCUUGAGCAAUCUAGCAUCCUUAAAAAGCACGACAUUGAUGUUGUUGUUGAUCUACCAUUUGUUGGUGAGAACUUACAGGCCCAAACCACCACCGAUAUGUUCUACAUCAGCAACAACAGUACCAACGCAACGGGUGCCAGUGGUUAUGCAGCCUAUUUCAGCGCGGAUGACGUGUUCUGGGAGGGGCUUGAUGCCCUUAAUGCCACCGUAGCAGCUUCGAUCAAGCAGUACGCUGAGAUGACAGCUGAUACUAGCGGUGUUGUUGAUCGCUCUAUUAGCGAAAGGUUCUUCCGCGCUCAGUAUGAUCUCAUCUUCAAGAAAAAACUCUCGAUUUCAGAGAUUAUCGUUACGCCCUCGUCAACUGGUUCUGUUACAAUCGAAUAUUGGGGCCUUCUCCCGUUCUCCCGUGGCAGUAUUUAUAUCAACUCGGCGAAUGCUUCAGUACCGGGUGUCAUCAACCUCAAUUACUAUAUGCUUGAUUACGAUAUACAUCAACAGAUAGGAAAGGCAAGGAUGGCUAGGAAGUUUGCUAAUAAGGCACCAUUUUCUAAAUCAAUCUUGAAUGAAAUCAUUCCUGGGUUGAGUAAAGUACCGAGCGAUGCCUCAAAUAGUGAUUGGGAGAAGUGGCCGAAAUCAACGUACCGCCCCAAUUUCCAUUACAUCUCAACAGCUGCCAUGCUGCCGCAGGACCUCGGUGGUGUAGUCGACUCAAAUCUUACAGUUUAUGGUACCAACAACGUCCGCGUAGUAGAUGCCUCUGUUGUGCCAUUCCAAGUGUGUGGUCAUCUGACUUCAACGCUGUACGCUAUAGCUGAGAAAGCAGCCGAUACUAUCAAAGUUCAUAAUAAGUAG